AUGGGAAUCUCAUGUUCAAAUUGCUAAAAUAUCUUAAGAGGAAUAGAGUAUAAAUAUUCAUUAAACUAGCCAUCAAUAAUAAGAGCAUUAAAAUGACAAUAAUCAAAAGUUAGAUACAGAAUAAGUAUUUGAUUGUGAAGUAUGGAACUUUUACAACCUUAGAUGGUUUAAGAAAAUUGUCUAAAUAGUAACAAUAACGAAUGUAAAUGAAAGAAAGUACUUCUUCGAUGGUUAACUCUUAAGAAUGUAAAUAAUUUUAUAUUAAUAAAUAGAGAAUCAAGUAAAAAUUAAUCUGUGGGAUUUUAAAAUUUUACUAAUUUAGAAUAGCUAAAUCAUCUUAACUGGUCUGGAAAAUAUGGGUAAUUGAAUUAAAAGGUAGGAAAAUGGAUUACAACAUGGAAAGGUGAAGUUUUAAGGGAUGCAGGUGGAUGGUACUCUGAUGAUGAAAAAAAAUAAGGUUUGUGGAUUGAACUUACAAAAAAUUAUAGAAAGUAUAUUAUCAUUCAAUUAUUUAAAAGUUAAGCUGAAGUAUACGAAUCUGGAUAUUAUCUAGAUGAUUAAAGAUAUGGAAUGUGGAAGUAUAUAUAUGAUGAAGAAUUAAUGUAUCGACCAAAUUAUUUAUAAUUUAGUGAUGCUGGACGUUACAACUUUUAAGGUCAAAAGAAUGGAAAAUGGACACAAUUAAGUGAUAGAUUUUGCUAUUAUUCUAAAAUCAAAUAUAAUGGUGAAUAUAAAAAUGGAAAAAAGGUUGGUUUAUGGAAUAUUUGGUAUUAAGAUGAAUAUAGAUAUAUAAAUAAAUUGAUGUAUUUUAUUAAGAUUAAAACUAUUUAAGUGGUGGUGGGUCAUAUAAUGGAGAUGGAAAUAAAAUUGGAAAAUGGAUUGAGUAGAGUGAUGGAUUUUAAGGAUUCUCAUAAAUCACUUAUAUUGGAGACUAUAGAAACGAUAAGAAAAUUGGUAGAUGGGAUAUUUGGUUUAAGUAGGGAGAUGGUUAGAUACAUGAUAUAAUGUAAAAUAUUAAAAUUAAAUUUUUAAGUGGUGGAGGAUCAUAUGAUGAAGAUGGUAAUAAAAUUGGAAAAUGGGUUUAAUUGAGCGAAGGAUUUUAAGAACACUCAUAAAUCAUUUAUAUUGGAGAAUAUAGAAAAGGUAAGAAAAUUGGUAGAUGGGAUAUAUUUGAAUUAGGAGAAAUGAUGUAACAAAUAUUCAUAAUUGCAUUUUUAGUGGUGGUGGAUCAUAUGAUGAAUUAGAUUCUAUUAAGAUUGGGAAAUGGAUAGAGCUGAGCGAUUUCUUUGGUAUUAGAUGGUAAACUACUUAUAAUGGAGAAUAUAAAAAAGGAAAAAAAAUUAAUAGAUGGGAUAUAGAAAAAAGGGAUGAAAAAGGAAAGCCCUUUUAUAAUAUGUAAAAAUAUUAAAAAACAUAAAUUAUUUAGUGGUGGUGGAUCAUAUGAUUCAGAACAAGGUUCAAUAAAAAUUGGGAAAUGGUUUGAGUUUAAUGAUGAUUAUCAUUUAAAUUAAUACAUGACUACAAAUGGUGAAUAUAAAAAUGGUUAUAAAAUUGGAAGAUGGGAAACUUUGUGGACAACAGCAUUCGAUAUAAUAAAUAAAUUGAUGUAAAUAAAUAAAUUCGAAUUUAGUGCUUGUGGAUCUUAUGAUGAGAUUAGUUCUAAUAAGAUUGGAAAAUGGAUUGAGAUUAGCGAUAAUUUUUGUUCUAAUUCAUAAGUCACUUAUAUUGGAGAAUAUAAAAAUGGUAUCAAAGUUGGUAGAUGGGAUACUUAUUUUUUAAAGCAUUUUGGAGAUAGAAAGAAUGAAUUAAUGUAUAUUUUAAAUGAUAAAUUUAGUGGUGGAGGAUCAUAUGAUGAAGAACAUGGGUUAAUGAAAAUUGGAAAAUGGAUUGNGAACUUACAAAAAAUUAUAGAAAGUAUAUUAUCAUUCAAUUAUUUAAAAGUUAAGCUGAAGUAUACGAAUCUGGAUAUUAUCUAGAUGAUUAAAGAUAUGGAAUGUGGAAGUAUAUAUAUGAUGAAGAAUUAAUGUAUCGACCAAAUUAUUUAUAAUUUAGUGAUGCUGGACGUUACAACUUUUAAGGUCAAAAGAAUGGAAAAUGGACACAAUUAAGUGAUAGAUUUUGCUAUUAUUCUAAAAUCAAAUAUAAUGGUGAAUAUAAAAAUGGAAAAAAGGUUGGUUUAUGGAAUAUUUGGUAUUAAGAUGAAUAUAGAUAUAUAAAUAAAUUGAUGUAUUUUAUUAAGAUUAAAACUAUUUAAGUGGUGGUGGGUCAUAUAAUGGAGAUGGAAAUAAAAUUGGAAAAUGGAUUGAGUAGAGUGAUGGAUUUUAAGGAUUCUCAUAAAUCACUUAUAUUGGAGACUAUAGAAACGAUAAGAAAAUUGGUAGAUGGGAUAUUUGGUUUAAGUAGGGAGAUGGUUAGAUACAUGAUAUAAUGUAAAAUAUUAAAAUUAAAUUUUUAAGUGGUGGAGGAUCAUAUGAUGAAGAUGGUAAUAAAAUUGGAAAAUGGGUUUAAUUGAGCGAAGGAUUUUAAGAACACUCAUAAAUCAUUUAUAUUGGAGAAUAUAGAAAAGGUAAGAAAAUUGGUAGAUGGGAUAUAUUUGAAUUAGGAGAAAUGAUGUAACAAAUAUUCAUAAUUGCAUUUUUAGUGGUGGUGGAUCAUAUGAUGAAUUAGAUUCUAUUAAGAUUGGGAAAUGGAUAGAGCUGAGCGAUUUCUUUGGUAUUAGAUGGUAAACUACUUAUAAUGGAGAAUAUAAAAAAGGAAAAAAAAUUAAUAGAUGGGAUAUAGAAAAAAGGGAUGAAAAAGGAAAGCCCUUUUAUAAUAUGUAAAAAUAUUAAAAAACAUAAAUUAUUUAGUGGUGGUGGAUCAUAUGAUUCAGAACAAGGUUCAAUAAAAAUUGGGAAAUGGUUUGAGUUUAAUGAUGAUUAUCAUUUAAAUUAAUACAUGACUACAAAUGGUGAAUAUAAAAAUGGUUAUAAAAUUGGAAGAUGGGAAACUUUGUGGACAACAGCAUUCGAUAUAAUAAAUAAAUUGAUGUAAAUAAAUAAAUUCGAAUUUAGUGCUUGUGGAUCUUAUGAUGAGAUUAGUUCUAAUAAGAUUGGAAAAUGGAUUGAGAUUAGCGAUAAUUUUUGUUCUAAUUCAUAAGUCACUUAUAUUGGAGAAUAUAAAAAUGGUAUCAAAGUUGGUAGAUGGGAUACUUAUUUUUUAAAGCAUUUUGGAGAUAGAAAGAAUGAAUUAAUGUAUAUUUUAAAUGAUAAAUUUAGUGGUGGAGGAUCAUAUGAUGAAGAACAUGGGUUAAUGAAAAUUGGAAAAUGGAUUGAUUUGGGUCAUUUGUUUAAUAGUGAUUCUUAAGUCACAUAUAUUGGCGAAUAUAGAAGUGGUAAAAGAGUUGGCAAAUGGGAGAUUUGGUUUGAGCAGAUUUAUGGAGAUAACAAAUUGUAAUAAGUGUAAUAUCAAAUAAUAAUUUUAGUGGUGGUGGAUCAUAUGAUGAAGAAUAAGGAUGUAUUAAAGUUGGAAGAUGGAUUGAGUUAAGUGAUAAUUUUGAUGAAUAUUCAUAAAUAACCUUUAAGGGUGAGUAUAAAAAUAGUAGAAAAAUUGGUAGAUGGGAUAUUUGGUAUAAAAAGUAUUAUGGAGAAAAAACUAUUGGAUUAGUGUAAAUAUGAAAUAAAAAAUAUAGGGGUGGAGGAUAAUAUAAUGAAUAAUAAGGUUUAAUUAAGUUUGGAUGUUGGAUUGAUGUAUGCGAUAGUUUUGCAGCUAGCUAAUAAUGCACUUUAACUGGCUAAUAUAAAAAUAGUAGAAAGGUUGGAAUUUGGUAAAUAAAUUGCAAGAUCUAUGAUGAAGGUUAUGAUAUUAAUAGAUGGGUUAUUUUUGAAUAAUGA